AUGGAAACAUGUUUGUCUUUUCCUCCACCUACACUUGUUUGUUGCACUCCCUCCCUCCACCUCCUCUCUCAGGAUCGGGCACAGGCGGUGGUGUUACGAGUGCUGACUGCAUUCAAGAGCAGCGAUAUCGAGCCGGCCGUGAAGUCUCUGGACAGGAACGGAGUGGACCUGCUGAUGAAGUACAUCUACAGAGGCUUCGAGAAGCCCUCAGACAACAGCAGCGCCAUCCUGCUCCAGUGGCACGAAAAGGCUUUCGCUGUGGGGGGUCUGGGGUCCAUCGUACGAGUGCUGACUGCGAGAAAAUCUGUCUGAGGAGCCGCAAGAAAACAGAGAGAUAAGCAGCCACGGGAUUUGUUUCUCUUUCUUAGACAAGGACAACUUCCUCUCUCACAGCUCAGCCUUAUCCGAGGGAAAACCACUCAUGCUCAACCGAUUAUUUCACUCAAAAACAGAGAUAUUGUAUGAUAUUUAAUGUAAAUUAUUGAUGCAUCAAUAUGUUGUUACGGAAGUCACGAUUCUCGACUAAUGAAGGUGAACGGUUGUGCGACGGAAGGAUGAGGAGUCUCGUGACCAGACUUUGCUGUUUGAGCCCUGAGCUGCAGUUUCAGGGAAUGAAAUACUGUGAUGAAUAUGAAAGUUGUAUUUGCCUGUUUUACUUAGUUGGCGCUCUCGGAUGUGUAGUUCUCAUUUCUUUAGUUGCGGUUUUAAUUUUUUCUUAUUGUGCAGAAAGAGGAUGAUGUUUAAUAUAUAGUAUUUAGGUGGUGGAUUUAUGGUUCAAAUCGUAGUGUGGGGUUGGGUCGGGAGAGUUAUUGUGAAGUGCCUGGUGCAAUAAAGAACAUUAAGAGUGUAUUUCUUUUCU